CUUUGGGCGGCCAGUCAACAGAACCGAGGCGAGGAGAAAGGGCCCUGCCAAUCUCGUCCUCUCUCACUAGUCUCAAAACAAUUUCAAAACCUCGCUUCCGCCGCCGAGCCUCCCAAUUUCAAACCCGGAAAAUUCCCAAAGGGCAAGCGCAGAAGCGGCGAAGGCAGUGGUCCCUUUCCGCUCCUCCCUCGUCCCCUCUUCCGAAGCGGAGCAGCACAGGCCGAAAAACAAGAAGAAAAAUCCAGACCAGUCUCCGGCUCAGCGAGAUCUCGUAGCGAAGCGACGAUGCCACCGGCGGAGGGCGCGGCGGGGCUGGGGGUGUCCGAGUUCUCGCUGCCGGACGACGUCCUGGCGGUGCUGCCGCGGGACCCCUACGAGCAGCUGGAUCUGGCCCGGCGCAUCACGGCGCUGGCCGUGGCCGGGCGGGUGACGGGGCUCGAGCGGGAGGCGGCGCGCUUGAGGGAGGGCGCCGCGGAGAAGGACCGGGAGAACGGGGAGCUGCGGGAGCGCGUCGCGCUGCUCGACCGCGCGCUGCAGGAGACCAACGCCAGGCUCCGCGGCGCGCUCGAGGACAAUAUUAAGCUGAGCAAGGAGAGGGAUUCGCUGGCGCAGACGUCCAAGAAGCUGGCUCGCGACUUGCAGAAGCUGGAGUCAUUCAAGAGGCAUCUGAUGCAGUCACUACGUGAUGAUAGUACAUCGCCACAAGAAAUGGUUGACAUUACAACAUGUGAUCUGUCAGUAUCAUCCAAAACAUCGUCCUGUGGAGAUGGAUAUAUCAGCCACUCUACAACAAAUCUAAUGAAUGGAUCUGUCGAUGUUGGAAGUACAACCAGAGAAGCGCCAAAGCCUCCAGUCCAAAAGUAUGCCCUGUCCUCACACAUCAACCAACGUCUUACACCAGAAGCGACGCCAAAUAUAAUGUCCACCUCUGCUUCUCCAAGAGGAAUGUCUAUGGCAGCAACACCAAAGCUGAUGUCUGGAACUACCUCACCGUCAAGAACUCGAAUUGAAGGACACAUGUCAAUGACACCAUGGUAUUCAAGCAAGCAGUCAUCUGCAGCUAACUCACCUCCAAGGGGACGUCCCAACCCAGGUCGCACUCCUCGUAUUGAUGGAAAAGAAUUUUUCCGUCAGGCCAGGAGCCGCCUAUCAUACGAACAAUUUGGAGCAUUCUUAGCCAACAUCAAAGAGCUCAAUGCUCAUAAGCAGUCACGAGAGGAAACACUCAAGAAGGCUGAAGAGAUAUUUGGUCCGGAGAGCAAAGAUCUGUACCUCUCUUUCCAAGGCUUGCUAAACCGUACCUUGCCGUAGAGCAUAGGAUUCACAUUGCUCCACUUCUGAUAUUAUGAAGUUAUUGCGCUGGAUAACUUAAGUCAGCUAGAGUAAUUUUUGGUGUUUAGGUCUGAACAAAAGGGCUGCACUUGCUUAAAUUUGGUGGCAUUUUGUUGCCAAAUUUUGUUUCAGAUUGUGCACGGCAACAAACAUUGUAUGAUCAGGAGCAGUUUUGGUUCUGCUCUCCAGGAAUUGAUUUAUCAGGAAGUUGUGCUCCUCAAA